CGAAAAUGGCGGAAGGGGCGGAGGAGGCCUUGGUGUCAGGAGCCUCGGCUCGGAGGAGGCGUGUCUACCGCUUCCCAUCCGCGCCCGGAGGCCCUGCAACUCCCUUCUUGCCUCCUCAGCGCCGGAAACCCGCCAUAAGCAGGCCUUGUGGCCUGAGGCGUUGAGGAAGGGGAGGAGCGGGAGAGGAGAGGCCUGCACACUCCCUCCUCUUUCGGUCCCGCCUCCUGAGGGCCUUGAAAUAGACCCGGCCAGGACGGCUCAGAGCCACGCGCCCGCUUGGUUGCUUUUCCGCCUCUUCCAAGAAGACAUUGGGACCACGAACUGCCAUGUUUGAAAUCAAGAAGAUCUGCUGCAUUGGGGCUGGUUAUGUAGGUGGGCCAACAUGUAGUGUCAUUGCUCAUAUGUGCCCAGGCAUUAAGGUCACAGUAGUUGAUGUCAACGAAUCUAGGAUCAACGCCUGGAAUUCUGACACACUUCCAAUUUAUGAGCCAGGACUGAAAGAAGUGGUUGAAUCCUGCCGAGGCCAGAAUCUCUUUUUUUCUACCAACAUAGAUGAUGCCAUUAAAGAUGCGGAUCUUGUAUUUAUUUCUGUUAAUACACCAACAAAGACCUAUGGAAUGGGAAAGGGCCGUGCCGCAGACCUGAAAUAUAUUGAGGCUUGCGCAAGGCGGAUUGUUCAAAAUUCAAACGGUUAUAAAAUUGUGACUGAGAAAAGUACUGUCCCCGUCCGUGCUGCUGAGAGCAUUCGCCGCAUCUUUGAUGCCAAUACAAAACCCAACUUAAAUUUGCAGGUUUUGUCCAAUCCGGAAUUCUUAGCAGAAGGUACAGCGAUCAAAGAUCUAAAAAACCCAGACCGAGUAUUGAUUGGUGGCGAUGAGACUCCUGAGGGCCAAAAAGCUGUCCGUGCCCUGUGUGCUGUUUAUGAGCAGUGGGUGCCCAAAGAGAAAAUCCUUACCACAAAUACCUGGUCAUCCGAACUUUCCAAAUUGGCAGCUAAUGCUUUUCUGGCUCAAAGGAUUAGCAGCAUCAACUCCAUAAGUGCCCUUUGUGAAGCAACAGGUGCUGAUGUUGAAGAGGUUGCAAGAGCCAUUGGAAUGGACCAAAGAAUUGGAAAUAAAUUUCUGAAAGCCAGUGUCGGAUUUGGUGGCAGCUGUUUCCAAAAAGAUGUUCUGAAUCUGGUUUAUCUUUGUGAGGCUUUGAAUUUGCCAGAAGUAGCUCGUUAUUGGCAACAGGUGAUAGAUAUGAACGACUACCAGAGAAGAAGAUUUGCAUCUCGCAUAAUUGACAGCUUAUUUAAUACUGUCACAGACAAGAAGAUUGCUAUUUUGGGAUUUGCGUUCAAAAAAGACACAGGAGACACAAGAGAGUCUUCUAGCAUUUAUAUCAGCAAGUAUUUAAUGGACGAAGGUGCGAAGCUUCAUAUCUACGACCCUAAAGUGGUACGGGAACAAAUCAUUCUAGAUCUUUCUCAUCCGGGCGUAUGUGAGGAUGAUCAAGUGUCUCGAUUGGUUACCAUAAGUACAGACCCCUAUGAAGCCUGUGAUGGAGCCCAUGCCCUUGUUAUCUGCACAGAGUGGGACAUGUUUAAGGAGCUGGAUUAUGAGCGCAUUCAUAAAAAAAUGCUGAAACCAGCAUUCAUCUUCGAUGGAAGGCGAGUCCUCGAUGGUCUCCAUAACGAGCUGCAAGUCAUUGGCUUCCAGAUUGAAACAAUUGGGAAGAAGGUAUCUGCAAGAAGAAUUCCAUUUGCAUCUUCGUCUGAUAUACCAAAGUUCAGCCUGCAAGAUCCCCCGCUCAAGAAGCCAAGAGUAUAAGUUUUAUUUAGUGUAAGGAUUGCAACAGAUAUCGCCACAUGAACUAUAAACCAGCAUGAUUCGGAAGGGGAACAUAAGCACAUCUGAGCAAAAUUAAGCAUGGAAGUACUUUUUAAAUCAAUGGAAGAAUGAGAUGUGUGCUUAAGUGUCCCAUAUUGAAAUCAAUAUAACUAAGCCGUGCUUAACUCUGGCUGUGUUGUGCUCAGCAUUUCCUAAUAAUGUAGAGAACUUUACGUGAGUAGUAUAUGAUUGUAUCUGGGACAUUUCAAUCCAGAAUUUUAUAAUCUCUAUUUUUAUAUACCGUAAUUGAAGUGAAAAUGGUACAGUUGAUUUGAGUUUCAUAAUGAUUUUUAUAUUAAAAAAACCCAUCAGCUUCAAAUUUCAAGCUUCUCCUAUGAGAAGUUGACAAACUGCACUUUAGCAUUUUUAUGACACAUUUUCAUAUCGGGAAAAAAACCCCACAGGAUUUCCCCGUUCUUUUUAAUGUUCUUGUAUGUUGGAACUUUUAUUUUGCCUCUCAUUGGGGCGAGGGCAAGUUAAUGAAGGACCAUUUAUUCUAUUAGUAAGUGAAUGCCAGAGGCUAAUGUUAUGUUUAUAGUUACUAGGGUGAAAAACCACCUGUAACGCCACUCACGUUGGAAGGCAGCUUAAAGCAAGCUAGCACCCAUUUCUUGAACUAAUGCCUUUUCGUGGCUUUUGAAGGCAUAGGCUACAUUGUAGUUUAAAGAGGAUUAAUGUUAUGUUUUUGCAAAAGAACGAGAUAAACGAGUAGGUUCUUUGGCAGCCAGGAAUCAGACACUUCCUAAAGAAUUGCCUUCCUAAAGAAAUUGAAAAGCAAGUGGGUAAAAAUGUCAGAUUCUUUCAAAUCAUCAGGUGGAAAGUAUAGUUGAUAUUUUGGCCUUUAAACUACGGAUGUCAGGGAGAAUGGUCUUGUCCCCAAAGUUAAAUGACUACAUUUUGCUAGGAUGAGAAUCUGGUCUUCUGGCUCGAACCAGCCUUUCUCCACACCCUAGUGUACGGAUUUGUUCCUGAUCACUAUUUUAACAUAUUAACAGUUUGCUUUGAGAAUACAUCCCAAUGUAUUCAGUAGGACUUACUGCUAUGAAAAUAGAUGGAGAACAUAAAUUAAUUAAAUCAUUUUCUUUAUUUCUGUAGUGACUCUGAAACAUUAGCCUGACCUACCGAUUACACUUUUCCUCAUUUUGCUAACUUUCUUAAAAUAUGCACAAUAUGUCUUCUUUUUUAAACGUGUUUCAUAAGCGCCAUUACUUUUAAACAGAGAGCUGCCAAAGUUUUUCCUCCUCUGUGACCAGGGUACUGGGCCAGAAACUGGCAUUCUCAUAAGUGCAAUGUGAAUAGGUAACUAAUCCCCACUGCAUUGACAUUGCUGCCUAAAGCUUAUGGGAGUUGCCGCCCAUCAGCUCUAAUGCUACACAUUCCCCCCAAAGCAAGAUAGAUAUUUAACUUUUUUUUUUCUGAAUGAAGCAAUGCCAUAUUUUGGACCACCCCACAGUCGUUUGUUCACUGCUAUAUUGAAGCUCUGAGUUGAUGUUCGAUGUUAAUAGAAGCAACUGUUCUGCAUCUUUUGCAGAACAAAACUUUGUCGUAUGAAUCAAGUUGCUACCUCACUAUGAUUACAGAAUUUGUAUUUUAAGAUCAUUGGUAUUCAGCAUCUGUGUUUAGCAUUAUUUUUCCAUGUACUAAUAUGUUCAAUUAAAAUCUUUUUGCAGAUAA